CUGGUGGAUCUGCUGAUAGCACACAAAAAUGACUUAGAAGUGAAACAAUUAGUUCAAGACAUGCUGCUCUCCAUGUUUUCUUCUGAAUCCAUGUUUCAAGCAUUAAUGUAGGCCAAAGUCGACGAUUUGGAUUACUCGUGAAAUCUUACUAAAGUAUCCUCUGCGAUUAAUCAGCUCAAAUACCCAUUUGAUGCAGCACAUCAGCUUUCCAAAUACAAAUCGAUGAUUGAAGAGCAGAUGAACAAGGUGUGAAGCCGAACGCGUCUCAACAAUGCUCAAGAUUUCGGAAAAGAGUGGUUUUCGGGCCUCAAAGCUUCGACUCUAUCAAGCAUGGGCGGCCACGUGGGAAGGUUAGACCCAAUCUUUUAUGAAGCAAGAGAGGAUUUGGUUGUCUUGAUUUUCUCAUGUGUUGACUUGAAUGCUUCCUACUGCCAUUUAGUCACUUUAAGAGGUAUGAAUGCACACAGACUUCAUAUCUCGUUUAAAUUUGUUUAUUAAGUCGUUACUGACCUUGGUAGAAAUCGAAAACAUCGACAGCACUAGCAAAAGAGUCAUUUGCAUACUUCUAACAGACUAUCAGUGUCUCUUUUUAAGCACAUAUCCCGCCAUCGGAAACAGUGAGUAUCAAUCUACACUAGCUACCUUCUAAGGACAUGUAAAUCAACAACACGAUACUCACUGCCGUCCAAUUAACUUCGAAAAACUCAAUCUGUAGUCAACUACGUUUAAACAGCAAAAGCUCCUCAAGUCAGUCCAUAACAAAACCCCUGAUUUGUUCAAAUUUGACCUCUUGCAAGCUACGAUAAAUUUGUUUCUGCAAUUUGUCGAUGAUGUCGAAGAGGUCUCAGUAGGCACUUGGAAUUGUUCCAUCCGUAAAAAGAAGAGAAAUAUACUAAAAAGUCUUAAAACAAAGACGUCAAAUAUAAUGGUCAACAAGCAGUCUAUACUAUAAUUCAUGGACAGAAACGUGUAGACGCGAGCUUAACUGCAGUGCAAAACAGACAAGCUCACCGUUCAGCCGAGUGCUGAAUCUACAAGUAAGAACUGAAACUAAAGAUUCUCCAUUAUACCAAGUAAAGCUUUCAGAAAAUGUAGAGUUGGAAAUUGCAACAAGGUAGCGGAAACAGCAUCUCAUACUUGCAGACUCACUUUGUCAAGAAAGUCUCGAGCAACUUGAGGACGUCUGUUCAAAUUUGAUUCCAAACGACCUUCGUUGUGGAAAUUCGAGCGGCUAAUGCUUAUUUGACGUGGAACGCUUAAAGGCAAGCUGAAAAAGCGUUACAUGCCGCCCAAUUUCGACUAUAAUGUGCGUGAUUGAAUGAUCGAGAUUAAGCAAACGGCUUCGAACGAAGGGUACAACUUGAUCGCAAGCAGGUCUGUAGAUUCCGCAUAUGAAGCAGCUUUUAACAUCCAACAUGGUUUGCUGACUGAGACAUCUGCCAAGAAAAAAGCAAAAACCAACUUACUACAAAUGACACGACUAGUGGUGUGUGGAGACAAACAACCCAUUAGACCAUAAAGGUCACUCUAGGAAAAAAAUUCCGCAAAAAAAUCGCGGAUCCUGAAGGCUGGGACGUCACUCAGUGUUGCUGACUACAUAUAUCAAUUACACCUUUCAAAAGAUGGACAAUUCUGAUUGACUUCAGCACUCAGCCUUGUUCUUGUGACUAUCAGUCACUUUUCUCCACAAAGUUGGUCUGGAGACCGCAAUGCUAAACUGCUGUAAUUAAGAUUUGUCUCCGCGGGUUCACAUUUAUUCGGCAGACCACAAUACACAGUCACCUCUUAAAGGUCAUAUUUGGGAAUUACUGUUCCAACAGAUCUAGCUCUGCAGCCUGCGUCUUUCAUACGCAAAAUUUUAUCGCAUCCGAAAACCGUGGCUCACAGCGCAGCGACUAUUCUAUCAC